AUGGGGCUUAUGCCAUAUUCAGUCAUCAUUGCUCCAGGCCAGCUUGCGCAAUCACAUGGUCUGGUUGGGGCAUGCGGUGUGGACAGUUUCCGGUGUUCUGAUGGGGCGUGUAUUCCAGCAGGGGGGAAGUGUGAUGGGGAGAGAGACUGCAGGGAUGGGGAGGAUGAACUCCACUGUGGCCAAGAGCAAUGUGGGGGCACUUUAACGUCCCCAGAUCUCCCCAUACAGUUCCCAUCAAGUCCCGGCGUGACAUACGCACCCUACCAGAAUUGCCAUUGGAAAAUUAAUGCUCCCAUUGGCAAGAAAAUUCUACUGAAGUUCACUGAUCUCAAUACGGAAGCCAUAUACGAUGUUGUGAAAGUUUUUGAUGGCCCCUCUCUUGAGGAUCCAGUGCUGGGAACGUUUUCAGGGAACACAACUAAUAGGACUGUCCAGUCAAGGGACACCACCCAUCCCAAUGUGACAUCCACAACGAACAUACUGCUGCUGACGUUUUCAUCUGAUCACAGUGUCGAGGGUCGUGGCUUCAAUGCCACAUGGGAACCCGUUGCUGCCAGUGAUGUUGAGGAGCGCAGAGCAAAAGAAGAGUUGUCAUGGAUUGCCUCCCUUGGAUACCCAUUUGGUUACCAAGGAAACCUGAAGUGUAGCUGGAUCAUACGGACUGAUCCCAGGGUCAUAAUAAGCAUCCAUGUGCUGUAUCUAGAUCUGGCAGAAGGUGAUUCCCUCAAACUGUUUGAUGGUGAAACAAGGGAGAGCAGUCUUCUACGCCAUUACAACGGUCAGUUGCGGAGUGAGCUUCUCUUUACCACUGGACAAGCUGUAUAUCUGAUGCUGACAACUGACCUUUACCACAGUGGUCAAGGCUUUAAUGUAACAUAUCAGAAAGGUUGUGAUGUAACCAUGACAACAGGGUUUGGAAGGAUUACCUCCCCUGGAUACUCUACAGGGAACCAGUACCCUGCAAAUCUCCGUUGUACUGUUGCCCUGCGCGAUGCACUCCAAAGAAAAACAACUCUCAUUUUUCAUAAUUUUGACACAGAGGAAGAAUUUGAUACGGUUAAGGUGUACAACAGUACCACAUUGCUCAAGACACUCAGUGGUCGUCCUAACCAGACAAUCUUCACCUCACACAAUGGAGAGUUCCACCUCCAAUUUCAAACUGAUGGAAGAGUCAGCGAGUCUGGAUGGAAUGCUUCAUUCUCGUUUGGUUGCAAUGACAACAGAUCUCAUUCAGCACAUACAAUCACCACCCCAGGCUGGGUGGAGUACGGCCAGUCAGCAAACUAUUCCUGUGAUACUGGCUACCGACUGGUGGGAGCCAGUCAUUCAUACUGUGAUAUGGGUGGAGUGUGGAGAACUGACCCUCCCACAUGUAAAUUGGUGGGUGCCAGUCAAUCAUACUGUGAUAUGUGCUGGGUCUGGUUUACUGACCCUCCCACCUGUAAAUUAAUAUAUUGUGGGCCACCAGAACCCUUGGCCAAUGGAGUAUUACUCAACGUGACAAGUCGGUACAUGAAGGACAGAGGUACAGCAAACUACAGCUGCCUGCACGGGUACACCAUGAUAGGUUCAGAGACUGUUCCAUGCACGGAAAAGGGGUGGGGUAAACUUCCUGAAUGCGCAGGCAUUGAGUGUCCAAAGUUGAAGCCCCUGCCCAAUGGUCGCACCCUCACGCCGUAUUUCUACCAUCACCUCCGGCGGGUGGAGUUCGUUUGUGAGAGGGGCUUUAAUCUGGUGGGAAACAUGUACACUGAGUGUAUUGUGAACAGUAGUCGUAUGGCCGCAUGGUCGAGCCCCCACCCAGCAUGUGUGGCAGACAUUGAUGUGGAUGAAUGUUCCCGAGGUGUGUGUGGAGAAGACAUCUGCAUCAACACUGUGGGCUCCUAUUGGUGUCAGUGUCGCCCUGGGUACCACCAUCGGAGCGUAACAGAGCCCAACUGUACCGAUAUUGACGAGUGUGCAGCCAAAACCAGUGACUGCAAGCAGAAAUGUGACAAUACCCCCGGGGGAUACCAGUGUGGGUGUUGGGCUGGAGCCCGCCUCUACACGAGUAGUCAAGUGGUCAUGCUGGGAACAACGGUGCUGGUUCCCAAUGUCUCCUGCUACACAUUGUGCCCGGGAAACUUUUCUGAAGAGUUUGAAAUAUUUGAAACAAUAGAACCGGUAUCUGAUGGGAGUUACAUAGCCAGCACAAGGCUGGUGUUGGGUUGUUACCACAAGCCACCUCAGAUCAUUGAGUGUCAGUCAAAUGGAACCUGGUCUAAACACGUAGAGAAAUGUGAUGAUAUCACAUGUAACAAGAUCAAUUCCCCUAUCAAUGGCAAGGUUGAGUUCACGUCUGCCCAAAGACUUCUGGGUAGCUACGCCUGGUACACCUGUGACCUAGGUUUCUUUAUCCAGGGCAACCCGAAAAGAUACUGUGACCUUGAUCUCACAGUAGGUCAGCCACAGGGCAAAUGGACAGGGACAGCUGCUAUUUGUAUUGCUGUGGAGUGUGGCACUCCGCCAGCCAUCAUCAAUGGCGACGUAUUGAGUACUGGGACCAAGUAUAGAAGCACUGUGACCUACACAUGUCACUAUGGUUACAGACUGGCGGGGGACAAUGUCAGGACCUGCCUGCAUACAGCUAUGUGGAGUACCCAACAAAUACACUGCAUUGCGGAAGUUUGCCCACGUCCGGUUGUGAUGGAGCAUGCAAGUGUGGGACAUAAUGGCCUGUAUUAUCUGCGACAAAAUGUCAGUUUUAGUUGUCCAAAAGAAGGAUACAAAAUAAGUGAUCCUUUUCCAUUACAAUGUGUUCUACCUGUGGACAUCACCCACAACUCUGUCAGAUUACCCGUGUAUAAAAUCAACGUGACCGUGACCUUAAACCUUACCAAGGACGCAUACAGUAAUGGAUGCAAGAGUUACUACAACAGAACUAUUACAGAGGACAUUUUGGGAGCAGUGAAGAAUUCUUUAGAUGAAAUCACAGCAGCUGGUAGAGUUGAGGUAUCUGUCAAAGUGACAAUAGUUCUUGAAGAAAACAAUUCCCUUAAAACAACAGCCAUCAUACCAGAGUGUGUCAACAGAGUUUAUGAAGCAAUAAGAAGUGCUAAGUUGUCUUCCUUUGUCCCAUUUGAUGAUAAGGAUACAAAAUGUCCUACGUUACAAGCAGAUGAGUAUAUGAGACAGACCUGGCCUCCUGAGAAGUUCUGCAGAUCUGGGAACCUAGACAAUGAAAGACACUUGUGUGUAAGGUUGACAAAAGGCUUACACAGGGUAUGUGAUUACCUCCAAGGCUUGUGUAUAGGGCUGACACAAGCAUCUGAUAGCGCAGUGUCAGAGAGCAGGUUCUACACCAUUGUGGCCCAGUUAGACUAUGAGGCGACAGUUGCAGAGUGCAACAACAGCAUCACAGACGUGAUGAGAAAUACAAUGGAACAGUUGUCCUUCUGCAAACCAGGCUGUGAAAAUCUAGUCGUUACCCCGUCAUAUUGCCGUAUGCUGGGCGCUAGUGCAAGAGAGAGGCGCGAGGAUGUUGCCUUCAUCAUCGGUUUCAACAUCACAUUCUACAAUGUCAGUGGUACAACAAAGGAUAUCCAGGGAAAUGAGGACCUACCUACUGUAGACGUGAUAGUACACAUCCUUCGCCACAACCAAAAGGAUUUAGACGUUUCCAACUCAACAUCCGAUGUUGCAUUCAGUGAAUUCCACCUCCCACCUGUGUUGGAAAUCUGCAGACUGGGAUUUGAGCUGGUGAACUCUGUCUGUGAGGUAUCUUCUUCUUCUUCUUCACCAUCCACAAUACCCUCUACUGCUUUAGCGUCCACAGCUACCACUGAACCGUCCAUAACAACUAGCUCGUCUACCACAUUUUCAAUGGAAACCACCUCAGUGACAACGCAAGAUACCAUGGGAACAACAGCUGUAGUCUCUUUUUCUACAGAAUCCGAACCAACCUCAACUGCAACUUCUACAGCUUACACAACUUCUGUUGUAUUGUCAUCUUCUACCACAUUGUCAACAACAUCUGCUACACCAUUAGCAGAAACAUCUCCAACUGUUACAACUGCAGGAGUGUUAUCUACAACUUCAUCGCCAUCAAGUAUGACAACCUCUGCUACAACAUUAGCGGAAACUUUCCCAACUGUUACAACAUCAGGAGUUUUAUCUACAACUUCAUCACCAUCAACUUUUACAACUUCUGCUACAACAUUAGCAGAAACGUUCACAACUGUUACAACAUCUUCAUCACCAUCAACCAUGAUAACUUCAGCUCCCUCUGCAAUACCAUCUGCAUCAACAACAACAACAGCUACUUUAACUACUGCAAAACCAACAACAAAGAAACCCUACGACUUUUCAUCUUGUGCUAUCAUUCCUUCUGGCGAUGGCAUUAAACCAAAACCAGAUCUGGAUUUUUCAAAGAUGCAGCUUCUCUUGAAGCUCAACACCCCCAUGUCAACAACAACGGUGGAUGAUGAAUGUUUGGACUACUAUACUCAGGCGAUGAAAGAGCUCCUAUACAAGCGUGAAAUGGAAAUAAACAGCCACCCAUCGUUACUUGUGAGCUGUUACGAAAAAGGACUUUUUGUGCAGCUGAUAAUUGCUUUGAAAUUGCACAGCAAAACAAUGGUUAAUGUAGACCUUAAUAUGGGAAUAACAAUCACAAAGGGUUCGCUGUUGAAAACUUCAUCUGCAGCAAUGAGUGACUGUGUUGGAGCUGUAAUCUUUCACCCGGACAUCAAAGCUGCACCGUGUUUGUUUAGAGUGGCAGACAUAGCAGCAAGUGGCAGUGAGGCUGGGACAUGUGCUGGUUUGGACAUGAGAGACAAUGUGUUCCAGUCCUAUGCCAUGUUAACGGCUUGCUCAAAUGGAUGGGAGGUGUUAGACAAGGAUGCAUACACUUGCAAACCAACACCAACUACUGCCACUACAACAUCUACUGAACCAACACAGUCUACUGCCACCAACACUGCUACUCCAGUUAUACCCUCAUCAACAUUGACGAGUCUGUCAACUGAAACCACUACUGCCACAUCUGUUGUCUUCACAACUGUUACAACUUCUACUGAGGCCACAAUUACAGCCACAACUUCAAUCACUACCCAUACAACUGCAACAACCACAGCUCCUUCAAGCAAACCCUUCACUGUUUCUGCAAUUCCUGAACUGACAACACCUGUAGAAAAGGCAUCCACAGCAUUUUCAAUUUCUACACCUUCAUCUCCAGAAGCCACAUUAUCUUCUACAUUGUCUACAACUGAAUCACCAGUUUCCACCACUACAGCUUUCUCUGAAUCAGCCACAGCAGCAACGUCAAUAUCAGAACCUUCAACACCAACUUCUACAAACACAACUACAGCAACAACUACUAACACAACAGCUGAAGCAACAUCCUCAUCACCAACACCUGAGGCAACACAAGCAACAGAUACAACUGAGCUGACAUCAAUAACUAAGGAACCAACAAGUACAGAGUCAACAACUAUGGAAUCAACACUAACUUCAUCAACAACAACUACAGAAUCAGCUUUAACUACUGAAAUAACUAUCCUAACAGAUCCAACAACAACAACAACUACGGAACCAGCAACUUCAGAACCAAUAACAACAACAACAAAAACUUUGGAACCAACAACACAAACUACACAAACUACACAAUCGACAACAACUUCAGCAAUUCCUGUAACCACAGUGAAUCCUUACAUUCUAUUGGAGUGUUUUGUUUGUGCCAAUCAGAAGUAUGAAAUAGACUGUGAGAAGGUCAAGGAAUCCUGUCCAACUGUGCAUUUUAAAGAGCCAGUGUGUUACACUAAAGUUAAUUAUGCAUCACGCCAGAUAUCAAAGAUUGAUAAGGGUUGCAUGGACCAGACUACAUGUGAACGUUUGAUGAACUCAAACACCUUUUGUACAGCAUCUUUACAGAGUCCAGAGUGCCAUUACUGUUGUUCAACAGCUGAGUGCAACAAACAAAUUACCAAGCUUGAUUUUGGUGGGAAAGGCCGUCGUAAAAAGAGGUCUUUUGGUUGGCAGGCUAUUUUAAGCACAGGAAGAGACCAUCUGAAGAAGAGCUCAACUGGUAUAAAGGCUAUUUUUAGCUCUGGAAACCACAACCUGAACAAGAGGUCAUAUAGUACACAAGCUAUUUUAAAUACUGGAAAAAGUCACAUGAAGAAGAGGUCAACUGGUUCAGAGGCUAAUUUCAGCGCAAGUACUGCACUGUGGAAUGGUUCUUCCCCAUCCUGUAUUGACAUUUUCCCGCCAUAUUUUGUCAACUGUCCAAAUGAACCAAUCAUCAUCAAACCAGGGGAGGUAAUCAACGUUUCAAUUCCAAGUGCCAAGGACAACUCAGGGCUGCAACCAACCAUAUCUACUGAGCCACAAAACUUCACACUUCCCUUCUUUGUUUUGAAGGAUACAAUUAUUCGGAUCACUGCCUCAGACGAGAUGUUAAACAGUGCUGUAUGUAACCUUGCAAUCCGGGUUAAAGACUCCAACCCAUGCAAGAUCCCAGUUGUUCCAGAGGGCGUGGAUUUCACAGAGAAACACACUGGCAAGUAUGAGGCCACAUGCAAACAGCAUGGAAUGUCUGUUGUUCCCCCCAGCAUGAUGUACACUUGCUCCAACGAGACUGGCUGGAGUCAGACCUUUGUUCCAGACUGUGUUCCAGAAGGGUCUGGUGAGUGUCCCGUGUGGCGGUACAACCUCACCUGGAAUGUGAUGCCAGAGGGUGUGAUGCCAGAAGGCAUGAGCUGCAACUUUACGCCGGCCAACCUAGCUCUCAUCAUCCAGGGGCACCUCAACGAGACCAACAUCCGUCUGGCAGUGGAGAGCAACAUCUUCUCCGGGAAUGGACCAGUGUAUGUGCUACGUCUGGUUCUGAACAUGUCUGAGAACCAAAUCGCCAACACAAAUUCAUGUGAGAACCUGACAAGGUACCAGGAGAGUCUGAACAACUUGAGCCUGCCCAAAGGGGUUUGUACGACAGGUGUCACUCUGCUGAACGUGAGCCUGGCUGUGAACACCAAGCUGUGUAUGGAGGGCCUUGUAUUACCUGAGUUGGACCAGAAGGGCAUGUGCUGGCCUUGUCCCAAGGGUUUUGAAGCAAGAAACGCCCGUUGUCAGCCCUGUGGUAUAGGUUACUACAGUCCUGGAAAUUACCAUGGUAACGGAACAUACAGAUGCAUACAGUGCCCUGAGGGCCUUUCAACCAUAGGGUCACACUCCACUAACAUAGCUGACUGCAUAAAAAUGUGCACAGCUGGGUCCUAUUCUUUGAAGGGAUUGGUUCCCUGUGCACCAUGUCCCAGAAAUUACUAUCAGCCGGGUACCAAAAGUGGGAGUUGUCUCCCCUGCCCUAAUAGCACCUGCACACAGAGUGUGGGAACCAGCUCAAAGAAAGAGUGUCAAGCUGCAUACUGCCCUACAGCCUGCUCUAUCAACCCAUGCAGGAAUGGUGGCACUUGCUAUGAGGCAUUGGAGUCUUACAAAUGCAGUUGCCCCACAGGGUUCACAGGUCGUCAGUGUGCCCUCAAUGUUGACCCCUGUGACCACACUGAGUGUCACUUCGGGCACUGUGGUGUCCGAGACCUAAUACAAUCCAAUACACCAUUUUGCUAUUGCUUCCCAGGAUUCACGGGUUCAAGGUGUGAUGUGAACAUUGAUGACUGCAUAAAUAAUGGAUGUCUGAAUGGGGGGAAGUGUGAAGACCUGGUGAAUAAUUACACCUGCAAUUGCACAGGCACUGGUUACCAAGGAAACAGGUGCACAGUGAAGAUAGAAUAUUGCCUGAAGUUCGUCUGCGAGAAUGGAGGGACGAAGAUAGAGAGUGUGGAUGGUUGCAAGUGUUCUUGCUCCCCAGAACUUUAUGGUUCCUUUUGUGAACUACGACAUGACCCAUGUUCCAACUUCACAUGUAACCAAGGGCGUUGUCUGCUAAACAACACUCAGCCAUACUGCAUGUGUCAAUCCAACUACACAGGGAAACACUGUGAGACCAGUCUGCUGUGCAAUGCUAGUUACUGUAACAGUCAGGGUGUGUGUCUCCGCCGAGCAAAUGGCCAUGAAUGCAUCUGUGACCCAGGGUAUACAGGUGAGAUGUGCCAAGACGCCAUCAUUGGGUCUCCAUGUGACCAACACAUAUGUAACCAAAGCAACAUGCUGGACUGCAUUGAGAUGAACAAGAGUCCCAAAUGUAUUUGCAAGUCUGGCUGGACAGGUGAGACGUGCUCUGAGAGAGUGGACGUGUGUGCCAUUAGUCCAUGCCUGCAUGGUGGGACCUGUGUGCCACGUGAUGACCAUUACCUCUGUAACUGCAGCAAGGGGUUUGCUGGACCAAACUGUGAGUUCACACCAUGUUUUUCUUUACCAUGUUUGAAUGGGGCAACAUGUGUGGUGACCAGUUCCAUGAAUUACACCUGCACGUGUACUGCAGCCUUCACAGGGGUGCUGUGUGAACAGAAGAUCAACUUCUGCUCGUCCAAGCCCUGUGGGCUGCAGGGCAACUGCCUCGACCACCUCAAUGGCUACCAAUGUCUGUGUUACUCUGGGUGGAGCGGCCCCUACUGUGAUACACCAGUGUCUCCAUGUGUGACCCGACCCUGCCAAAACAACGGCACCUGCACGGAGACCAAGGCUGGAGUGAACUACACAUGUAAUUGUCCGCAAGGUUACACAGGCUUUGAUUGUGAGUCCAUCAUAUCUGCAUGCCAGUCAAAUCCCUGCUUGAACAGGGGAACUUGCAGUGACCUUUACAUGGAUACAGAGGUUCAAGGUCGCAGUUACAUGUGUGCCUGCCUGCCAGGUUACCAUGGUUACACAUGUGAUGAGAACAGGGCUGCAUGCGCCAAGGGGGCAUGUCAGAAUGGGGGUGUCUGUGUAGCGCAGGGGAACACUACUGUGUGCAAUUGUCCUGCUAGAUUUAUGGGAAUCCACUGUGAAAAAGAGAGACCCCAUGAUUACGAGAUGCUUAUCACACAAGGGAGGUCACUCCAAUGUCACGUGGAUCGAGACCUAGGUCACCAUGGAAACUUGAGUGUGUGCGCCUGGUUGCGGCAGACAUCAUCGGGCCGUGACUGUGUGUUCCUCCAGGUUCAAGGUCACAGUAACAGAACCUUAUUGGAGAUGUCUAGAGAUACAGUGAAGUUGUCAUUCUGGAAAGAGAAUGCAACACUGUCUUUGCCAACAAAUUUGAACAACUCAGACUGGCACCAGUUGUGUGUGGUGUUGUCUAACCUGACUGGCAACUGGAUGGUGAUUGUGGAUGGAGCCAUUCGACAUGCUGAGAAAUCUCAAGUUGGGAAACUCCUCACAGGAGUCAAGGUCACAGUAGGAAAUGUUUACCACAGGCCAGACUUCCAAGGUCAAAUCUCUGGAGUUAAAGUGCACGGUGCUUAUCUCAUCUUAAUUGACCUCACAACCUGUAACAGCAGACAGGGUAACCUGAUUAGCUGGACAGAGUUUGAGUCUUGUGUCCAUGACAACGGUAGUUCUGUGGCCCCCGCAUCCUGCCCUGUCUCCAAGUGUGUGAGUGGUAUGGACUGUGGAAAUGUGAAGGCUAUUCAAGAUAAAACCAGUCCGGUUGUCAAGUACUGUCCGGUUGACAUUAUAAGGAUUGUCUCCAAUGGCGACCGUCAGGUGAAUGUCACAUGGUCAGAGCCCAUUUUCCAUGACAACCAGGCAAAUGUGACAGUUUGGCAGUCACAUCAAUCUGGUCAAGCCUUCACGUUUGGAGAGUAUUUGGUGACAUACACGGCUUUUGAUCCUUCUUCAAACAUGGCUACAUGCUCUUUUAGAAUAUUUGUUCAAGCACAUCAUUGUCUGGAACCUGAAGCACCUAGUGGAGGUGACAUGUCAUGUGACCCGGUGGGGAAUACUGGGAUGGUUUGCUCCAUUUCCUGUAAGGAUGACUCAGCAUUUUUGGAACCGGUUCCCAACCUGUACAUGUGUGGACUGGAAGGCGUCUGGGACCCACCAAGGGGCAGGACUUUCAAUUUUCCUCAGUGUUCAAGUUACACCUCACCAAUACUGACCUACUCAGGAAGUCUAAUUGUGAUUGGGUCCUCAGACAAAUCUUGCACAGAUUCCGAGAAGUCACAUGUGGCGUGCAUGGUGCUUACCAGGGCAAGUCAUUCAGGCAUGACAGGCAGAUUGUGCAGGCAGUGUUCUAGCGCAGACUGUGACCUAUUGGCCAUCAAUGUGGAUUGUUUGGUUUCUCCUAUUGCUAAGCGAUCCACACAACCAGUCCAGUUUCAUGUGAACUUUACGUUUUAUCAAAAUAGCUCAGCCACAAUCGAUUCAGAAGCAGCCAUGAAUGUGUUUGAGUCCUCGUUAAAAAACGGCAUGGAAGAUUUCAGUGUGCAAAAUCUAUCCAUGACAACCAAUAUGAGCUGCGACAUGGGACAGGUCUUGACUGGCAACAAAUGUGUUAACUGUGCGAAGGGCUAUUACUACAAGGCUAGUGAGUGUAUCCGCUGUCCCCAGGGGUGGUACACAGACAAAGAGCGGCAACACAACUGUACGAGGUGUGAUCAAGGGAAGACCACAUUAAGCACUGGCUCGGUGAGCCCAACAGAUUGCUUCCUGAAUUGCACAGUGGGUCACUAUGAACUGGACGGCGCCUGUGAGCAGUGUGAAGUCGGUACAUACCAACCUGGUACCGGUGCCAAGGUUUGCUUCCCCUGCCCUAUAGGCUACACCACACUUACAACUGAGGCUACACAUCAGGAACAAUGCAUUGCUGUUUCACAGUGCUCGAUGUGUGUUGAUGCUGCGGUGUGUGUAUCCAAGGGUAACCAGGUCACCUGUCAGUGUCCGCAGGGAUUCACAUGGAGGGACAACUCUUGUGUUGAUGACUGUUUGGAUGCGUGUGUGCACGGAAGCUGCGACAAGGACUCAUCAGGGAAUCCAGUCUGCAAAUGUGAUGCAGGGUACCAGGGCCUGAAAUGUGACGUUAAGCAAGCAGGCCUAACGACUGCAGUCAUCGCAGCCAUUGGGGGCAGCACGCUCGGCCUUGUGCUCAUCCUGGCAGUCGUAGUGAUAUUGUGUUGUAAAAGACACUUUCAAGGGUAUAAUCAGAAAGAUGACAACAACAGCAGCAUUUAUCGCCGCAACCUCCGUAACAGUUUCCGUGCUUUUGCCCUGCGCAUGAAUCCUAGGUGGGCAGAGACUGAGUCCAUGGCCUCGGAGGGGAACCAGCAAAUACGCCUGAGGCAUCUGGGUCACCUGGGGCAGUACUCAGUGGAGCAUGACCCUAGCAAUCGCCUGAGGGGCCUUACGCGAGACAACGGUAGCGACGACAGUGCCGUCACCAACACUAGCUACUUCUGACUACUUCAUUCCAUUUGCAGUGUUCAGUGUUAAUCUAGUGCAUCAACUGACCCCAUUCCUGAGCUCUAUUUCCUUUUACAUCCUAAGCCUUCGGCCAGUAACAAGCAUUCUCAUUGGUCGAUAUUUAAAGUUAUAGCCCUAAUUUUUCUAUGUCUAUAUAAAUAUACCAAGUUCCAGCUUAUUCUUUGAAAUUUUAAAUUGUGAACAUUACAAGCUUUUACAAAGAAAGCUACUUAAACCAGAUAAUUUCUAACUCGGGCAUCUUUUUAUUUAAGCAAUUGAAGCCAGAUUAUUGUAAGGUUUCUUAGUCUAGGGACCGAUGCUGGAAUGAGCCUCGGUCUGGAAAAAGAUUAAGCCCUGUUCUCUCAGGGUGAGGCUCAAACAUGAACCAAUUGCAACAUUCAAUGCACUAACAUUGUAACACAAUAUGCAUUUAUCAGGACCUUGUGUUUAUUAAUCAAGGAAAAUUGCCUACUAGAAAAGGGACCAAAGUCAGCCAUCAUCAUUGCAUUUUCAUUAGUCUGUCACAUGAUUUAUGUCUUUUCACACGGUAUCAUAAUUUGUUUUUUAAAUAAUGUUACAUAAUAUGAGCAGCUUAAAGCAAAAAUGGGUCUUAUGCAAUAUGCAGCUAGUAUAGUGUCAGACCAGCCUGCGCAUCUGUGCAAUCUGGUGAAGAGUUACCGUUAGCGCUUUAUAAUCAUGCAAUUUGUUUGUCUAAUUAGAGAAUAAGGGUAGCUCCAGGCCAGGCUGUGCAAUCGAACAGGCUGGUCUGGAGCUAUGCUGGCAGCAUAUGGCAUAUGACCCAAUGGUGCGGGUUUAAAGUUCAUCAGAAUUCAUGUUCAUGUAUUAUUGUACAUUGUGAAUCUCAUUGAUGUGUUCUAGUUUCCAGUUGUGUUUAUACACUUUGGUGCAGUUUAUUUCGUUUCAUAUUCGUUUCAAGUUACAUAUUUCUUUCCGGUGAACAUUACUUUGAGCCGCCUCUUGGGAAAACAGGGCUUAAAGCUUUUGUCUAGACUGGAUUUUCAUUGAGAAGAGGCUACCUUUAAAAAAAAAAUCCAUGUACAUUGAAUGGAACAGGCUAAUCUAUGAAAGCACAUGCAUUAAGCCUCAAUUUCCUAGAAUGCGGCUCAUUUAUAUUUAUACAUUUUGUUUGAUGUUAAAGGAAAUGGUAUUUCCCAACAUCCAUGUGUCAAAAUAAGAUGAUUGUAUAUACAUAUUGUUGAAUAGAUUUCCGUGUGUUAUGUAGGUGUAGAAUCAGUCGUCACAGUAUUCAUUGAUUUCAUGUUGAUAUGCAUUGCAUUUCUUUUGCAGUUAAUGUGUUCACUGACUAGCGAAUGAUAAUCUCUGACUUUUAUAAUGUGAAAAAAGCAUUGACCAUAUUCAAUCCUGGACUUUAAUAAUGUAGAUAUGCGUUAACCUUAAUCAUGAAAAUUAUCAUUGACCUUGAUAAUGUAGAUAAGCGUUUACCUUAAUCAUGAAAUUUAUCAUUGACCUUGAUAAUGUAGAUAUGCGUUUACCUUAAUCAUGAAAAUUAUCAUUGACCUUGAUAAUGUAGAUAUAUGUUUACCUUUAUCAUGAAAAUUAGGAUUGACCUUGAUAAUGUAGAUAUGUGUUUACUUUAAUCAUGAAAAUUAGGAUUGACCUUGAUAAUGUAGAUAUGCGUUUACCUUAAUCAUGAAAAUUAUCAUUGACCUUGAUAAUGUAGAUAUGCGUUUACCUUAAUCAUGAAAAUUAUCAUUGACCUUGAUAAUGUAGAUAUGCGUUUACCUUAAUCAUGAAAUUUAUCAUUGACCUUGAUAAUGUAGAUAUGCGUUUACCUUAAUCAUGAAAAUUAUCAUUGAUCUUGAUAAUGUAGGUAUAUGUUUACCUUUAUCAUGAAAAUUAGGAUUGACCUUGAUAAUGUAGAUAUGUGUUUACUUUAAUCAUGAAAAUUAGGAUUGACCUUGAUAAUGUAGAUAUGUGUUUACCUUAAUCAUGAAAAUUAUCAUUGACCGUGAUAAUGUAGAUAUUUGUUUACCUUAAUCAUGAAAAUUAUCAUUGACCUUGAUAAUGUAAAUAUGUGUUUACCUUAAUCAUGGAAAUUAGGAUUGACCUUGAUAAUGUAGAUGUGUGUUUACCUAAAUCAUGAAAAUUAUCUUUGACCUUUAUCAAAUGAAUAAUCAUUUAAUUUUAUUAAUAAACAAUCAAUGACGAUUACAACUUAUAAAAUCUACUGUGAUAAAAACAGAUUAUCGUUGACAUUGAUUAUGUGUAAAAUUAUGUAUGUUUAUUUGAACUGCAAAAAUACUGCAAUAUGCCACAACAAGUUUCAGAUCUGGCUGCACUCCCUUAAAGUCAUAUUAGGAGCUACCCUCUUGGGUAAUAAACCACUAAACCUUACUUGAGGUAAUAGCUGACAGAGUAGUUGUCCUGAACAGACUGUGCAGGUGCGCAGGCUGACUGACAGCGUAGCUCCUGAACAGACUGUGCAGGCACACAGGCUGGUCUGGAGCUCUGUUGGCUGCAUAAGCAUAAUAUCUAUUUUCCUAUGUAGCAGCUCAUAUAGUAAUUGUGUGCCAUGCUAUUGAUGAUAUUAGUUAUUUAUAUUCAAGUUUUUCACAUUCCAGUAUGUUCCUUGUUUUGCAAAUAAAGAAAUACAUCCAA